AUGCCUGCUAUCCCCGACAGAUGGAUCCCGUAUAAAGCUUGUGGAAAGGUUAUUGAAGGUACCAGAUUGAUAUGUUUCAAGGUACCCCUUAGGAAGAAGGUCCAAGCGUGGAACAAGGAGAUUAAAGAAAUAUGGGAUAUUCCAGCUCUACUUGAGAAAGUUCCAAAAUUGGGAGCAGUCAUUGAUUUGACUAACACAGCUCGAUAUUAUGAUCCUUCGGAAUUACAAGCAGCGGGUAUACUACACAAGAAAAUUUUAAUGCCAGGCCGCAUAAUACCUCCCGAGGACAAAGUGACAGAAUUUAUGGAUACCGUUGACGAGUUCCUGGGAAAAGAUUGUGUGGCUGUGCAAGUAAAGAGAGCCAGUCUCGGUUUGUCGACCACAGAAUUCCUGAUCGGUGUCCACUGCACGCACGGGUUGAAUCGCACCGGUUACAUGGUGUGCCGAUACAUGCGCGACCGCCUCGGGAUCCCUGCCAAGGACGCUAUUAAGAAGUUCGAGAAAGCUCGUGGGUAUCAAAUAGAGCGGGAGAACUAUGUAGCUGAUUUACUAGGUGAGAAGCCACCGCCGCCUGAUGUGGGGAAAGACACAAAAAUAAAACCGUUGAACUUCCGACAGACUACAUACAAACGUUCUCCAUUAGAGGAUGAUGAGGAUAUAAAUGAAGACCAAAGACAACGGGAUAAAUAUAACAGAUACAACAACAGAUAUACAAGUAAUAGAAAUGACUAUGACCGGUACAACGAUAGACGAAGACAUAGUGAUAGCUUUUACCGUAGGGACAGGUCUGAUAAUGAUACCGUCUGGCGGAGAAGACCAGAUUCAGAAAGUACCUCUCGUGAUUAUAGACGCGAUUGA